AUGAGAUCUUCCAUGAAUCAUGAGAGCAAUUUUAAUGAAUUUUUUUUUCUUUUCCGCAAAAAUUUAUAUUAUCACAAAAUAAAAUUAGACCGUUGGUUACCUUGCAUCUCCAAACAGAAUAAAAAAAAUUAUCAAUUGUAUGAUCAAACCAUUGAAAGACUCCAUUCUUAUUGUUGUUAUCAUGCAGGAGUAAGCAAAGAUGGGUUAAUCCGACAUUUCUUCCACAGGCCAUCCAAAGCAUACACCACCGGAACAAGAAAGCGAAGAAAAGUACACACAGACAUAGAUGGCAACGAGACUCGUUGGCACAAAACAGGCAAGACAAGGCCUGUUUUCAUUAAUGGCAAAGUGAAAGGUCAUAAGAAGAUACUCGUUCUCUACACCAACUAUGGAAAACAAAGAAAACCAGAGAAAACAAACUGGGUUAUGCAUCAGUACCACCUUGGCAACAACGAAGACGAGAGAGAUGGAGAGUUAGUGGUUUCAAAGGUUUUCUACCAAACACAACCUAGACAAUGUGGCUCUAUCAUGAAAGAACCAUCACCUUCGAAAUCAAAGGGUCUGAAAUUUAAGGAACAUAAUAACAUUGUUGAAUACUACAAUCCAACACUCAUCUCCUUCGAUCAAGGUGGCCACUGCGAUCCGGCAAGUCCUCCGCCGGUGAUUCCCAAUUUUAAUGUCCAUGUCGGGUCAUCCAUUGUUUCUUGAACACAAUGUUAGGGUGGCUAUAUAGGAGAAAAAGCUUAUUUGUUCUAUUAAAAAUACAGAAAUUAAUCACAGAGCAUGACACAAUUUUCUUAUAUAGAAGUGGGAUCUUAAAAGUGUAAGAUCCAUUUCAUAUAAGAGAUUUGUGUCUAAUUUUUUUGAUCGAUUUCUGUAGAUCUUUUUUCCAAAGCUUAUUUUGCAUGUAUAUCUUGUUGAAAUUGUUGUUUAGUAUUAAUGAACCUAUUGAUCAAAUAAGGGUGAAUAAGGAGAAAGGUUAAAGACUUAA